AUGCCUGGCCAGAUCGCCGCACCCAUCCCGGUUACGCCACCGCGUAAGAAUAUCCGUCUCAACUCUUCCACAGACUUGUUCGCUAGCCUAAAUGCCACUCUUUCUUCAACGGAGAGUAAGCGAGUUACCCCUAUUCGCUCUAUCCAAGAACGAGACUGGGAUGUACCGGCUCCCCCGCCGCCUAGCCCGGUCAGCUUCCAUCCAGAUCACUGGCAGCGCACUCUACGUCAUUGA